UUCAGAAGGUAUUCCACCGACUACAAAGAUGGCGGGUUUGGCAAGGACUUUUAGCACAGUGGCUAAAAACAGCAAAAGUAAAGAAUGGGUCAACUAUUUCAUGAGCACGCAUUUUUGGGGACCAGUUGCAAACUGGGGCAUACCACUGGCAGCUAUCGGUGACAUGAAGAAGAGUCCUGACAUCAUCAGUGGGAAGAUGACAUUUGCCCUGUGUAUCUACUCCCUGUUGUUCAUGAGGUUUGCGUGGAAGGUCCAGCCCAGAAACAUGCUACUGUUCGCCUGUCACUUCACCAACGAGACGGCACAGGUCAUCCAGGGCAUGCGCCUCGCCAAACACCUGUACGUUGAUCCAUCUACAGAACAGGAUCUGAAGAAGAAGUCGGAGUGAACACCCAACUUUUAUUUCAGUGGGAUUACUAGACAAGUGGAGAAAAGUUAGACUCGCUGAGGUGAAUCAAUCGGUCAGGGUUGAAAAUGCUUUGUACCCAGGCUGUCCAGUGGACAGUGGACAACCUAAUUAAGGCCACAACAAUUUAAUUUGUUGGUUCUCGGAUUUUUUCAGAAAACAUAUGAAGCGACAGGGCAAAAAUAAAAAAUAAAAACAGGUCUAGGCAUCCUAUUAUAGCCCCAAAUGCUACGUUAGGAGCCAUGAAGUCAACACAAAAGGCUGGGUUAAUAUCUAAACAAUGAAUUUUGAACUUUUAAUCAAACCACUGCUUUGAUAGAUAGAAAACUGUAACAACUAGGAAGAAAAGGACUUUCC